AUGGAGCUCGACCUUCUGGGUCUCGGCUUGCCGCCGGCGGCGGCGGCUGCCGCGGUCGGCCGCGGAGGUUCGGUGGGGCAGCGGCCUUGUUACGGGCAGCCGGCCUUCGACGAGCCCCUGCGUUUCGCGGCGGCCGCCGGGACCCCUUCACCGGCGCGCGCGCGCGUGCGCCGGCGCGCCGUGGGCACGGACGACGACGACGUCCCUGCGCCUCCGGCGAACAGGCUGAAGCCCUCGUCGGCGGCGCCGUGGCCCGCUCAGCCAUCGUUCCUCAAGGUUUGCGUUGCGGGCGCCGCUGGAGGCAAAUCUCCACGAGCCUCUCAGCUCGGUUCUUAUAGGGGGAUAUUUCCACCGGCGCCGAGUGUGCAGCACGCCAUUGCCACGAGCACGCCGUCGCCGCAAGGCGCCAGCGCAGCCUCUGCAAGCGGAUUCGGCAGGCCACCACCGGUUGCCGCAGGGCCGAUCUUUGAGGGCUCCGCGGCAGCGUCCAGGUCCAGCAGCGAUCCAGAUCAUUCCAGGGCGCCAUUGACGAUAAUCUACGCUGGCUCUGUGCGUGCAUUCGACAGUGUCCCGAUGGAACAGGCUGAGAAGAUUAUGUUUCUGACUGCAAAAGAGGCUCAAGCUGCAGAAACCCCGGCCUUCCAACAGCCAGUGCUGCAGUCGGAUCUAGCUGCUGCACCCCCAAGUAGUGCAGCGCAGGUGAUGAUGCUCUUGGGUUUGGCUAAUGUCAAAGAUAGUCUUCUACCGAAGAGGACGGCGUCCCUUGCCCGCUUCCUGCAUAAACGCAAGCAAAGGCAGGCGAUAACUACUCAGCUCUACAAGUUCAUGUUGGAGAGUGCAGCAACAAUUCCUUACCCUCGUGGAGAGGAACUACCUGCUCAAAUGGACACUCCCGCUGCGGUUUACGCGCAAGACAAAGCCCCGUUUGGGGACAUGGAACAUCCAUGGGUCUUCGAGGAUGGUCCAAAGAGCAUGAAAGAAAACCAUGGCGAGGAGGCAGUAAACACUGAGCUAAAGAUUUAG